AUGGCCGUCUUUACAUACAGCAAGUCAGCGGUAAGGUCCAUGGGACCCCAUCAGUGGAAAGCCUUCACUCAGCCAUCUCACCGUGCCAUACACGAGAGAAUACACACUGGGGAGAAGCCCUAUGAAUGUCGUACCUGUGGGAGAUCCUUCAUUCAGCUAUUUCACCGUGCCAGACACGAGAGAACACACACUGGAGAGAAGCCCUAUGAAUGUCACACCUGUGGGAAAGCCUUCCCUGAUCCAUCUUCUCGUUCCUCACAUGAGAGAAUACACACUGGAGAGAAGCCCUAUGAAUGUCGUACCUGUGGGAGAGCCUUCAAUCAGCCAUCUCACCGUGCCAGACACGAGAGAACACACACUGGAGAGAAGCCCUAUGAAUGUCACACCUGUGGGAAAGCCUUCCGUGAUCGGUCUUCUCGUUCCUCACAUGAGAGAAUACACACUGGAGAGAAGCCCUAUGAAUGUCGCACCUGUGGAGAAGCCUUCACUUACUCAUCUCACCGUGCCAGACACGAGAGAACACACACUGGAGAGAAGCCCUAUGAAUGUGGCACCUGUGGGAAAGCCUUCACUGUGCAAUAUUCUCGUGCCACACAUGAGAGAAUACACACUGGAGAGAAGCCCUAUGAAUGUCGCACCUGUGGAGAAGCCUUCAUUUACUCAUCUCAACGGGCCACACACGAGAGAAGACACACUGGAGAGAAGCCCUAUGAAUGUCGCACCUGUGGGAAAGCCUUCACUCAGCCAUCUUCUCGUGCCUCACAUGAGAGAAUACACACUGGAGAGAAGCCCUAUGAGUGUCACUACUGUGGGAAAGCUUUCUGUUUAGCCUCCAGUCUUUUUCACCAUAUGAAAGUACAUACUAGAGAAAAAAAUGAUGCGUGU